CGGCGGCGGGGGACGGUUCCUGCCCAGCCGGCUCUUGCCGAGGUGGUGCUGCCGCCCGCUCUGGCACGCCCCUUUCCUCUCUUUUAGUUCCGGCGCGGCGCUGGCAGCGACGGUGGGGAUGGCGGCGCUGAGCCUCACUGUCAGCGUGGGGAGCCCGCCACUCGGAGCUCUGCUGACGGUGGAGCAUGUGAAGAAUGAUGUUGAAAUUUCAGUGGAGGAAGGCAAAGAAACCAUCCUCCGUGUGUCCGAGAAUGUUUCAUUUACCAAUGUGAAUUCAAUAGCUCGUUAUCUGGCUAGAGUUGCUGGUUCUGCUGGGUUGUAUGGUUCGAACCUGUUGGAACACACUGAGAUUGACCAUUGGCUGGAGUUUAGUGCUACAAAGUUAUCUACAGCCAGCCAGUUUCUUUCAGCAGUCCAAGAGCUCAACCACUGUCUGUCUCUAAGAACGUACUUGGUCGGAAACUCUCUGAGUCUUGCAGACUUGUGUGUCUGGGCUGUACUAAAAGAUAAUAACAUAUGGCAAGAGCAAUUACAGCAAAACAAAGCUCCUGUGCAUGCAAAGCGAUGGUAUGGCUUUCUUGAGGUACAGCGUGCUUUUCAGUCAGUAGGAGCCAAGUGGUCUUCUGGUACAGCAAAGGUUAAAAUGGCAACAGAAAAGAAAGCGGAUAUUGGAAAGUUUGUUGAACUUCCUGGUGCAGAGAUGGGAAAGGUCAUUGUAAGGUUUCCGCCUGAAGCAAGUGGGUAUCUGCAUAUUGGUCAUGCCAAAGCUGCCCUGCUAAAUCAGCACUACCAAGUUAACUUUAAAGGAAAACUUAUUAUGAGAUUUGAUGACACAAAUCCAGAAAAAGAGAAAGAAGACUUUGAAAAGGUUAUUCUUGAAGAUGUUGCAAUGUUGCACAUCAAACCAGAUCAAUUUACGUAUACCUCAGAUCACUUUGAAGCAAUAAUGAAAUACGCUGAGAAGCUUAUUCAAGAAGGGAAGGCAUAUGUGGAUGAUACUCCUGCAGAACAAAUGAAAGCAGAGCGUGAGCAAAGAAUGGAAUCUAAACACAGAAAUAACUGUGUUAAUAAGAAUCUACAAAUGUGGGAAGAAAUGAAAAAGGGAACAGAAUAUGGACAAACAUGUUGUCUACGAGCAAAAAUAGAUAUGAGUAGUAACAAUGGAUGUAUGAGGGAUCCAACUCUUUAUCGUUGUAAAAACCAGCCUCAUCCACGUACUGGAAAUACAUACAAGGUUUAUCCCACAUAUGACUUUGCCUGCCCCAUUGUUGACAGUAUUGAAGGUGUCACACAUGCAUUGAGAACAACUGAAUACCAUGACAGAGAUGAACAAUUCUACUGGAUCAUUGAGGCACUGGGCAUAAGGAAACCAUAUAUAUGGGAGUAUAGCCGACUAAACCUCAACAACACUGUGCUCUCUAAGAGAAAGCUUACGUGGUUUGUCAAUGAAGGGCUUGUGGAUGGAUGGGAUGACCCAAGAUUUCCCACUGUGCGUGGUGUCCUAAGAAGAGGCAUGACAGUUGAAGGGCUCAAACAGUUUAUUGCUGCUCAGGGCUCAUCUCGAUCUGUCGUGAAUAUGGAGUGGGAUAAAAUUUGGUCCUUUAACAAAAAGCUGCGAGCUAUCUGUAAGAAGGUUAUAGACCCAGUAGCACCUCGGUACACUGCUUUAUUGAAAGAUGCAGUGGUCCCAGUAAAUAUUCCUGAAGCUCAAGAGGAGAUGAAAGAAGUGGCUAAACAUCCAAAGAAUGUCGAUGUCGGGUUGAAACCUGUGUGGUAUGGCUCCAGAGUCCUGAUCGAGGGCGCAGAUGCAGAGACCUUGACAGAGGGAGAGGUGGUUACAUUCAUAAAUUGGGGCAAUAUUGUCAUCACCAAAUUAAACAGAAAUUCAAGUGGAAAAAUCGUGUCCAUUGAUGCCAAGUUGAACUUAGACAAUAAGGACUUCAAAAAAACGACUAAGAUCACUUGGUUAGCAGAAAGUCCAUGUGCACCGCUCAUUCCAACUGUCUGUGUUAAUUAUGAACAUCUGAUCACUAAGCCAGUUCUAGGUAAAGAUGAAGAUUUCAAGCAGUACAUCAACCAAAAUAGCAAGCAAGAAGAACUGAUGUUAGGUGAUCCUUGCCUUAGGGAUUUAAAAAAAGGGGACAUCAUACAACUUCAGAGGAGAGGAUUCUUUAUUUGUGAUCAGCCCUAUGAGACAGUGAGUCCUUACAGCUGUAAAGAAGCCCCGUGCAUUUUGAUUUACAUCCCUGAUGGACACACUAAGGAAAUGCCAACGUCUGGGUCAAAAGAGAAGACCAAAGCUGAAACUGCAAAGAAAGAGGCUAGUUCAGCUGUAAAAGGAAAAUCUGCUCCACUUGUUGCUGAUACCUCUACUCCAGCCAGCACUGUAUCAGAAGGUCACCUGGUCCUUUACAACAGGGUGGCUGCACAGGGUGAUAUAGUUCGUCACUUGAAAGCUAAGAAGGCAUCAAAGGAAGAUAUUGAUAAAGCUGUGAAAGAGUUGCUGGCCUUGAAAGCAGAAUACAAAGAGAAGACAGGCCAGGAGUAUAAGCCUGGAAAUCCUCUAGUACCUGUAACUGAACUGUGUGUGUCUUCAAAGCUUGGGACCUCUGGUACCCUGGACAGCAAAGCUCUGUAUGAUAAAGUGGCAGAGCAAGGAGAAGCGGUCCGAAGACUGAAAGCUGAGAAAGCACCUAAGGAUGAGAUAGGUGCUGCUGUGGAAGUCCUUUUAUCGCUAAAGGCAGAAUAUAAACAACAGACAGGCCAGGAGUACAAACCCGGAAGCCCACCUGUGGUCUUUGUCCCUCCUCAGUCUUCUCCUAUUUCUACUCUUCCAUCCCCAUGUUCAGUAGACAGCAAAUCUCUAUACAACAAAGUAGCUGAACAAGGCGAAGUGGUCCGCAAACUUAAAUCAGAGAAAGCUUCAAAGGAACAAGUAGAUGAGGCUGUGAAAAUUCUUUUAAAUCUAAAAGCAGAAUAUAAACAAAAGACAGGUCAAGAGUACAAGCCUGGAAAUCCACCUUCAACUCCUCCUUGUAUACCUUCUGCUGCACUUCCAUCUUCUGUAUCUAACUUGGCAACCUGUAGCUUAGUGGAUGGCAAAGCACUUUAUGAUAAUGUAGCUGAACAAGGGGAAGUGGUACGCAGACUCAAAGCAGAGAAAGCCUCCAAGGAUGAAAUAGAUGAAGCAGUAAAACUCCUUCUUUCUCUAAAAGCUGACUACAAGGAAAAGACUGGGCAGGACUACAAGCCAGGACAUCCACCAGUAGCUCAAGGUGCUUUGCCUCAGGCAUCAAACACAGUACCCAGUGGUCCAGACACGCCUGAAGCUAAAGCCCUGUUUAGCAAAGUAGCUCUUCAAGGAGAUGAAGUUAGGAAAUUGAAAGCAGAAAAAACAGAAAAGGAAAAGAUAGAUGCAGCUGUUAAGGAACUUCUUCAAUUGAAGGCCCAGUAUAAGUCUGUUGCGGGAGUGGACUAUAAACCAGUUUCUGCUAGUGGCACUGAUGACAAAGACAAGAAAAAGAAAGAGAAAGAGAACAAAUCUGAAAAGCAGAGUAAGCAACAGAAGCAAAUUGAUGGCCCAAAAAAAGAACCUUUGCAAGGACAGACUGGUAAUGAGCUCUCCUCAAAUGGAUCAGGAGAAGGUCAAGGCCCUAAGAAACAAACCAGGCUGGGUCUAGAAGCUAAAAAAGAAGAAAAUCUUGCAGACUGGUUCUCUCAGGUGAUCACAAAAUCAGAGAUGAUUGAAUACUACGAUGUGAGUGGCUGUUAUGUUCUUCGUCCUUGGGCUUAUGCUAUUUGGGAAGCUAUCAAGAACUUCUUUGAUGCAGAGAUCAAGAAGCUUGGAGUGGAAAACUGUUACUUCCCCAUGUUUGUGUCCCAGGCUGCCCUAGAGAAAGAGAAGACUCAUAUUGCUGACUUUGCUCCUGAGGUUGCUUGGGUCACAAGAUCCGGGAAAACAGAUCUGGCUGAACCGAUUGCUGUACGUCCAACAAGUGAAACAGUCAUGUAUCCUGCCUAUGCAAAGUGGGUGCAGUCACACAGGGAUCUUCCUAUCAAGCUUAAUCAGUGGUGCAAUGUUGUGCGUUGGGAGUUCAAACAUCCCCAACCUUUCCUUCGCACUCGUGAGUUCCUUUGGCAAGAGGGUCACACGGCAUUUGCAACAUAUGAAGAAGCAGCAGAGGAGGUGAUGCAGAUACUUGAUCUCUAUGCUCAAGUGUAUGAAGAUCUCCUAGCAAUACCUGUUGUGAAAGGAAGGAAGACAGAGAAGGAGAAAUUCGCUGGGGGUGAUUAUACAACCACUGUAGAGGCAUUUAUAUCUGCCAGUGGAAGAGCUAUCCAGGGAGCAACAUCACAUCAUCUAGGGCAGAAUUUCUCAAAGAUGUUUGAAAUUGUAUUUGAAGAUCCCAAGAAACCAGGAGAAAAACAGUUUGCUUAUCAGAAUUCCUGGGGCAUUACAACUCGAACUAUUGGUGUAAUGACAAUGAUUCAUGGAGAUAACAUGGGAUUGGUGCUCCCACCUCGAGUAGCUUGUGUUCAGGUUGUAAUUAUUCCCUGUGGUAUCACAAACUCUCUUUCUGAAGAGGACAAAGAGGCUUUAUUGAAGAAAUGCAAUGAGUAUCGUAACAGGCUGCUUAGUGUUAAUAUCCGUGUACGGGCUGAUUUAAGAGAUAACUAUUCACCUGGUUGGAAGUUCAACCACUGGGAACUUAAGGGUGUUCCAGUCAGGGUUGAAGUGGGACCACGAGACAUGAAGUGCCAACAGUUUGUAGCUGUUAGAAGAGAUACAGGACAGAAGCUGACCUUUUCUGAACAUGAGGCAGAAGAUAGACUGAAGCAGAUUUUGGAGGAGAUCCAUGCUAACCUUUACAACAGAGCUUCUGAGGACUUAAAAAGUCAUAUGGUGGUGGCCAAUAAUAUGGAGGACUUUCAGAAAGAGCUUGAUUCAGGAAAGAUUGUACAAAUCCCUUUUUGUGGGGAAAUUGAGUGUGAGGAUUGGAUCAAGAAGACCACUGCCAGGGAUCAAGAUCUUGAGCCUGGUGCCCCUUCCAUGGGAGCAAAAAGCCUCUGCAUACCUUUUCAGCCUCUCUGUGAACUACAGUGUGGGACAAGAUGUGUCUGCGGCAAAAACCCUGCCAAGUUUUACACUCUAUUUGGUCGUAGUUACUAAAUUACUAGUGAAAGCACCUUCUCCUUUAUCUGUGAAUUAAACUUUUUUUAACAAGACUGAAAUAGCCCCCAAACCUAAUCAGUUUUGCAACUUUUUAAAUGAUUCCAAAAGCAAAGCCAUAAACCAUAAACCCACCUCCCCAAUUGUCAGUCUUAGGCUAGCAGUAAUUCACAGACUUUUCUGUAAACAUCUCUAAUAAUAAACAUGUAUUGUGAGCUGUAA